CAUGCUAAUGUAUCUAGCCCUUUACCGUAACACCCUCUCCACUGUUCGGCGCUACGAAAGGUUUAGCCACCGGCUACACUCCCUGAGAGACCUUCCUCGAUCGUUGGUGGAAGUACUAUCAAAAUAACUUGUUUUUGUUUGUUUUUAACUCCGCAUGCUAUGUCUCCAUCGAUACCACUGCAGGAGAUGAUCCGGGCCAUCAGGUCAGCCAGGACUCAGUGUGAGGAGCGGGGUGUCAUCCAGAGGGAAUGCGCUGCCAUUCGGGCACAAUUCAGACAAUCUGACAAUGAUGCCCGAUCUCACAACCUGGCCAAGCUUCUCUAUGUGCACAUGCUUGGCUACCCCGCACACUUUGGUCAGAUGGAGUGUGUUCGCAUGAUCGCCAGCCCUCGUUACAGUGAAAAGCGUGUAGGAUACCUGGGAGCUAUGAUGUUGCUGGAUGAGAAGCAGGAUGCCAGUUUGCUCAUCACCAAUUCUAUAAAGAAUGACCUGUCACACAAUAGCCAGUAUGUGCAGUCUCUGGCUCUGUGCACGCUCGCUUGUAUAGGGUCAGCAGAGAUGUGCAAAGAUCUUGCCCCAGAGAUCGACAGGCUGCUUCGAGCCUCUAAUUCUUAUAUUAAGAAGAAGGCUGCACUGUGUGCCAUACACAUUGUUAGAAAGGUUCCAGAUCUCUGGGAAGUCUUUGCUCCAACAGCUCGCUCUCUCCUGGCUGAGAAGCACCACGGUGUGCUCCACGGUGCUGUCGUGCUCAUCACUGUGCUAUGUGAGUGUAAUCCAGAGACACUGGAACGCUUCCGAAAGGCAGUCCCGGAUCUGGUUCACAUCAUGAAAGGCUUGGUCACGUCCAGUUACUCUCCAGAGCAUGAUGUGGCAGGGAUUAGUGAUCCUUUCCUACAGGUCCGCAUCUUGAGACUGCUGAGAAUCCUUGGUCACAACAACGAGGCAGCUAGUGACACUAUGAAUGAUCUACUCGCUCAGGUAGCUACCAACACCGAUAGCACUAAGACUGUGGGCAGUGCUGUGCUGUAUGAGACGGUUCUUACGGUGCUGGACAUCAAGUCUGAAAGUGGACUCCGGAUACUGGCUGUGAACAUCCUGGGUCGCUUCCUUCUUAAUAAUGACAGGAACAUUCGAUACAUUGCCAUGACUUCCCUACAAAAGAUUGUUGGGACAGACAACAUCGCAGUGCAGCGGCACAGAGGAACCAUCGUUGACUGUUUUAAGGACCCGGAUGCUUCUGUCAAACGCCGUGCGUUAGACCUCUCCUUAGCAUUGGUGUCUGCCAGCAACAUCCGCUCCAUGAUGAAGGAGCUGCUCGUGUUCCUCUCCUCAUGUCCUCCUGAACUCAGAGCUGAAGCAACCAGUGGUAUUUUCCAUGCUGCAGAGAGGUACGCACCCUCCCAGCGCUGGCACAUUGACACCAUCCUGCAUGUCCUCAUCACGGCCGGAAGUGAUGUGAGAGAUGAAACUGUCCCCAACUUGAUCCUGCUCAUCACCAAUGCUUCUGAGCUUCACCGUUACACUGUCCACAAGCUUUACCGAGCAGUCCUCGCUGACAUCUCUCAGCAACCUCUAGUUCAAGUGGCAUGCUGGUGCAUUGGAGAGUAUGGGGACCUGCUACUUGGAGAAGAAUGUCAAGAACUGGAGCCCAUUGAGGUGACAACAGACGGCGUGCUGGACGCAUUGGAAACAGUUCUACAGUCUCACAUGUCAACCCCAGCAACAAGAGGCUUUGCUCUCACUGCCACCAUGAAGUUGAGCACUCGAAUAAAUGGCAAUGUCGAUCGAAUAAGAAGCCUCGUAAGCAUUUACGGCAGCUGUACAGAUGUGGAGCUCCAGCAGAGGGCAGUGGAAUACAAUGCGCUCUUUCGAAAAUAUGACCACAUGAGAGCAGCGGUUUUGGAAAGAAUGCCUGUGAUUGAGAGGAACUCUCCAGGUCAUAGCAACGGGGAAUCUAUUGGGGAUGUCAAAGAAGAGAUGAAGGUGGGACAGGUCAACUCAAAAGAGGCCCUGCUGUCACAGCAGCCUGUUAACCAGGUAUGUGAUCUUUUGGACCUGCUUGGAGAUUCCGAACAGUCCAUUCAAGCUGGCACAGUACUUAUCCAGCCCAUAAACACAGCCAAGCCUGGCGGAGGGGAACUUCUGGAUCUGUUAGGUGGCUUUGAGCAAACUCCGCUGGCGCCAGGCCCCGCAAUGAGAGUGUACGAGAAGAACGGUGUAACUUUGACAUUCAGCUGUGAGAAACAGUCCGACUCGAGCCUGACAGUGACCCUGAAAGGAAGCAACUCGUCUGACUCAGACAUCACAAGCUUUGCUCUCCAGGCCGCCGUGCCAAAGAGUGUCCACUUACACAUGAAAGCCCCCAGCGGAAAUGCGCUUCCUGCACAGGGCUUAGCUGAGGUUACCCAGUUGGUCCUUCUCAACAACCCAAACAAGGUCAACCUUAAAAUGAGGAUACGGAUUUCUUACUCGAGCCAAGGGUCUUCCAUUCAGGACACAGUCCAGAUUGAUUCCUUUCCUGGGCUUUCCUGAUUGGCAUUGGUCAGUCUACUAUCAGACUGCCAUAACACCACUCCACAAAUGCCAGGAAUGGUUUUACACUAAUGUUGAACUUUGACAGAAAACACAACAUUGUGGUCUAUUUGUAUUGGCAUUCUCUACUUUGGAAUACAUAAAAACAAUCAAGUAUUUGUUUUUCAAUGUCACCUUAUGUGUAAUAUUCAGGGUUUGGAAUACUGUAGUUCAUUUUACCUUUGAUUGUCUUGUACUUUUGAGAUAAUGAAUGUAUUGCAGCACUCCCUCUCCAAAUGUUUUUAAAUGAUUUCAUUAAAUAUAGUUCAAUACUAACAAAUGAAAGUUUAUUAUGCCAGAAUGUCAUAUACCUUCAAGCUCUCGUGUUCUCCUGUGCCUUUUGUCAUUUUUGCUCAGAGGUUUGUCUACAUUUAAUAGUUUAAUUACAAAGUUGGAAUCAGCAUUUCUAUUCCUGUACUGUAUAAAUAACGAACCUUUUGAGAAAUAGUAAUUUGUUGAUUUAGUCU